UAAGUCCCUUUAAAAAAAAAAGAAGAAAAAAACCUGUUAAAUAUAAGGUGUGGCCGCCUGUUCCUUGUCGGCGGACGGCGAUAGACCUAAUUACCGGUGAAUAUUCUGGAAGGACGAGCAAAAAACUUUAAGCACUACAUUUUUUUAAAUAAUUACGAAUCUAAAAAUAUGUAACCAUCACAAAUCAACCGCCACGAAAGUGUUUAAAAACAACUCUGAAAUGUUACAUAACCGUGUACGUCCUUGGCCAUUAAAAAAGCGUUAUACCCAGGUCAGCAUAUCUUCGGUAAAUUCCGUGACUUUCCGUAGUAAACAGUGCGAAUCCAUUUCCGGUUUUGAGUCGACUUGAAGUAGUAACAGAAUGGCACGAAAAAACUUCAGAGCAGAUAAUUCUGCUAUAAUUCAUUUUGAUUCAAGAACAAAUACAGUGAUGGCUCAAUCUACAACCAGUCAUAACCAUGUUAAACAAAAGACCAAAGACCCAGUUAAAAAGAAUGUGAAUUCACAAGUAACUGCUGUUCGUGAAGUGGUACCAGGUCGAGCCUUUGAUGAGAUUGUUCUUGUUUUACAGUAUUAUGAUUAUAAUUCAGAGAAAGCCAUUCAAGCUUAUCUAGAAGAUGGUGCUAAGGAAGCUUUACAACAGUGGCACUUCAGUGGAACUAAGGCCCAGAAUAAAAAGAAGAGACCACGUAAAGGGAGAGCUGAAGAAGGAGGGGGCGGUACUUCUCCUGACCCCAAUUCCUCUCCAUCUGUUAACUCCAAUAAUAACAAUAUAGACAAACCACACAUGUUGAACGGGGACCACACAAAAGACAUAUCAGACCAGGCAAGGAUACCAGCCGCUAAUUACCGGGACCAACAACAAUCAUAUCCAGAGAAAUCACGUCCAUUGUCUCAUCCUAACAAUACGUCACUGGACAGGCGCGAUAAAGUUCAACUCAUCGGAAGUAAAUCGUCAGAGAUGAACCAAAGAGAUAAACAACAACGCAGUAACAACAACAACAGCUCACAAAAAAACUCAGGGAACAACUCUAGUAUAGCAGCAAGUCAGGAAGCUAGACACCAGAGAAUUAGAACUAUCAGUGAAUGCAGCUCAUCAAGUUUAACAUCAGGACCAGAACAUUUUACUAUUAAAAAAGCUGGGUUAGAGAGGUCAGUAAAAGAUUUACAGAGACAGCAGUCGUCGUUAGAAAGGUUACGGCGUACUUUUGAAGAAGAGGUGGACAAAGGCCCAAAGAAAAUAAAAUCUGUCUUUGAAGAAGUGAGAAAAGCUUUAUACGACCGAGAGCUUCAGAUGAUUAUAGAAUUCGAACAGAUGAAACUUGAGUCGAGGGAUUUAUUUAUAAUGAGGCAACAGAAAGCUAGUGAGUUAAAAACUAAAAUCGAUCGAGCAGACUGUAUGAACGAGAACGAACUUACAGAUUUACGAGCAGACGUUAAGCAUUUUGUAAGUGAGAGAAGAUUAGAUGAAGAUUUAGCCAAUACGACACGUUUUAUGUAUGAUACAGAUAAUAUUAUAGGGGUAUGUUUAUAUUAA